AAUAGAGCAGAGGGUAGAAAUAUACAUGAAGUAUCAUUUUCACUAUCAUAAAAAAAAAAAAAUGGAAGAAGAACAAGAAAAUCUUGUGAAAUCAAAUUCUUAUCCCUACUAUUGGGGCUACACAGCAGAAGACGAAUACUACGAACAAGAAAGAAUAAAAUCAACAAAAUCAUACUUCACAACACCAUCAGGCUUAACCCUCUUCACUAGAUCAUGGCUACCAAACCUCACUACCCCACCACGCGCUCUCAUUUUCAUGGUUCAUGGCUACGGCAACGACAUCUCAUGGACCUUCCAAUCAACCCCAAUCUUCUUUGCUCAAAUGGGUUUCGCUUGUUUCUCUCUUGACCUACAAGGUCAUGGUCGUUCCCAAGGUCUCAAAGCUUUUGUUCCAAACGUUGACCUUGUUGUUCAGGAUUGUAUUUCUUUCUUCAAUUCUGUUCAAAAAGAUCCCAACUUUAUUGGUUUGCCUUGUUUUCUUUAUGGUGAAUCAAUGGGUGGUGCUAUUUGUCUUCUUAUUCAUUUUUCUUAUCCUAAAGGGUUUCAAGGUGCUAUCUUGGUAGCACCCAUGUGUAAAAUUUCUGAUAAGGUUAGACCCAAAUGGCCAAUUCCUCAGAUUCUCACUUUUCUUGCUAAAUUCUUUCCUACUUUGCCGAUUGUUCCUACACCUGAUCUUCUUUAUAAGUCUGUGAAGGUUGAUCAUAAGAAGGUUAUUGCUGCAAUGAAUCCUUUGAGGUAUAGAGGGAAACCUAGGUUGGGGACUGUUGUGGAGCUUUUGAGGGUUACUGAUAUUUUGAGUAGGAAGCUUUGUGAUGUUGAAAUUCCUUUUAUUGUGUUACAUGGUAGUGCUGAUGUUGUUACUGAUCCUGAGGUUAGUAGGGAAUUGUAUGAAGAAGCUAGGAGUCAAGAUAAGACUAUUAAGGUGUUUGAUGGGAUGAUGCAUUCUUUGCUUUUUGGGGAAACUGAUGAGAAUGUUGAAAUUGUUAGGAAUCAUAUUUUGGAGUGGUUGAAUGCUAGAUGCAACUGAAGAAUAAUUGCUUGGACUGUGGUUGUAGAUUAACAUGGUUUGUGAUGCUCAAGUGGAAGACUUGAAAAGUUGUUAUUUGCAAAUAGUUGGAGUUUUCAAUUGUCUUGUUAUUGGUUUUUGAUUGAUGUAUUUCAUGAAAUUCCUCAAUAAGGAUGAAUUAAAUUAAUGGGGUAUAGUAUACAUAGUUCUUUUUUAUCAAAGAUAUUAUUCUUGGAAAGACAUGAGGUGUUUGUUUUGUAUCAAAUUUGUGUGAAUAUUUAAUUUAAUUUUAUGGCUUGGGACAAAAAGGGCAUGUUCUGUGUUUUGUGUGAGUGGUUUGUGUUUUGACAAUGUGGGAAGAGAAUAUGUUCUGUGGUUGCUGAUUUAGCAGAAUCAGAUAUUGCUCUCAGUGUUUCUGAUUUGAGACAAAAAGAUGAUGCAGUUUGAGCUUUUGAGUGAAAUGCUCACAUCUUGAAAUUUUAUUA